UUGUGGCUUGUCUGAAAAAACAUAGGCAAGAAGAAAAAGCUAAUUUGAAGAAAAAACCGAGGAUGGUUAGCAGUGCUUUCACACUUCAGGUUCUUCCACUGGUUAUUGUCCUGGGAACCACAUGUCUGGGCGCUUCCCAUUUUUCCUUCUGGGCCAACCUGAUGAGUGAUGAGGCUGAUGACAAUGAGAACUACUACUACUACGAUACAGAACCGAAGCAGGACACCAACCCCGAGCAGGAACUCUGGGAGGAAAUCAGCUGGCUCGAGACAUCUUUAGGUGACUUCUUUGCCAGCAGAGACUCGUGCUUCUCCAACCCCUGCAAGAACGAUGGCAUCUGUGAAGCCAAAGGAAAUGGCUUCAUCUGUCACUGCCCCAAGCCAUACGGUGGGACUACGUGUGAGAAAGUGGAGGACAUGUGUCUGGAGAAGAACUGCCACUUUGGUGACUGCCUGAUUACAUUAUACCCACCCUAUUUUAAGUGCAGCUGCAAGCCUCCCUACAAGAGACCCUUCUGCCAGCGUGCAUCCAAACAGUGCAGUCCAAACCCUUGCAAAAAUGGAGGCACCUGCAUACGGAACAGGUACAGAUCAAAGUUCAGCUGCGAGUGCCCUGAGCCUUUCAGAGGGAGAUUCUGCGAGAUCGGACCAGAUGAUUGUUAUGAAGAGGGCUCCUCCUUGUAUAGAGGAAGAGUGAGCCAAGCAGAAAAUGGCAGGACCUGCCUGCACUGGAAUUCCCACCAUCUCUUGGACCACCCUUUCAAUGCCUUUAUGGAGGAUGCUGACUCACAUGGCAUCGGUGAACACAACUUCUGCAGGAAUCCCGAUGGUGAUGAAAAACCCUGGUGCUACAUCAGGAAAAAUAAGGAGGUUGAUUGGGAAUACUGUGAUGUUUCACCCUGCUCAGAUGAAGAGACCCCAACAGAACCUCCUACAGAUCCCCCUGAAACAUUCCAAAUAUGUGGACAGCCAGAAGUUCGUAGGACACUCAAGAAGAUCUAUGGUGGAUCCAAGGCUACAGCUGGAAAACAUCCCUGGAUGGCAUUUCUGGACAUUCAGACUAGAGAUGGAAAGGAACACUUCUGUGGUGGAGUGCUAAUCAAAUCAUGCUGGGUUCUUACUGCUGCACACUGCCUUGAAGAACCAGUAAAAAAGAUCCAAGUAUCCCUUGGAAAGCAAAACCUCCAGGAGAAGGAGGAUCAUGAGCAAAUAUUCGAUGCAGUGGAAGUAAUUUUACACGACAAAUACAAAGACAAGGGUGGUGUCCUGUACAAUGAUAUUGCGCUACUUAAACUGCAGCCUGUUGACGGCUACUGUGCAGUGGAAACAAAGUAUGUGAAAACAGCAUGUCUCCCUGACUUCUUCCUUCCUGCUGGGACUUCCUGCUUCAUUUCUGGAUGGGGCGAGACAGAGACAGGUGAUACGUCCCAUCAUCUGUUAGAUGCCAAUGUCAAGCUGAUUUCACAGAAGAGAUGCAAUGAGCCCAAACUCCACGAUAACUCACUGGAUGACAGCAUGUUUUGUGCAGGAAAACUUCGGAAACCCGGGAUCGAUUCUUGUUCGGGAGACUCUGGAGGCCCACUGACCUGUGUAAAAAAUGGCUCCUACUACGUAUAUGGCCUCGUGAGCUGGGGUGAAGGAUGUGGGUUAAAAAACAAGCCAGGGGUUUAUACCCAGGUGACAAAAUUCACCAGCUGGAUUAAAGAUGUAAUUCAGUCUUCAUCAAAGUCACGUCAUUAGGAGACAGCUUUGGAAUGACAAAUGAGCUGCAUUUGCCUUCUCUUGACCUGCAGAAUUUCUGAAGCAUCAGGGUUGACUCCAGCUUGCUGAGAUCCUUCUGUCUCCAACUGGUCCUGUAAAAUCACGCCCAAAAAAACUUGUGAAACCAGACAGUGGGUAAGGGAGGGCUUGAACUAUUAUUCUAUAACAAUAUUUUCAUAUUCAAUUUUUAACUCAUAUUACGCAACUGGCAAAAAAAUUGAGGAAAAUCUAAAUCACUCUUCUGCAUUGAGCAAAUUUCUGCUGUGGAGAAGUGCAAAAAAUGGACCUGUUCAUUUAAGUUAGAUACCUCACAUACCAAAGGACUAAAUGUGCUCAAGUCCUAGUUUCUAUUUUGAACCCUAAAUAAAAGCAAACCAGCAAUCACCUGAGUUCCACAUGGAUUGUACACCUGUAAAUUUCCCUGGGACCAUCAGAUCAUCAUCAUUCUUUUGAUUUAAGAAGAUAUUGCCUGUAGUUCCCACUGCCACCGUUACUCAACUACAGUUUUCACUUAUUUCCCAGUAACUUUCCAGAUGGGAAUGUAAAUCAGGGAUAUGUACUGUUUCUUUUGGUCUGGAUUAUUGUUUGACUUCUUACCAAAGCUAAAAAUUAAAUGAUAGAAGCAUCUGAAGUGCAGUGCUUCUCUUUUGCUGUAGCUGAAUGCUUCCUAACUCUAAGGGCUACAAGAUUCCUGUAUGGAUUUCUGCUCUCUCGUGCUGGACACUGCAGACUGGGAGUCAUCCCUGUGGAGGCAGGCAGAAGGAAAGCCUGGAAAAGCCCUGCUUGUAAUAUCUUUAACCUUGAGCUGGACAGAGGCAGAGGAGGCUGGAGCAUUGCCACUUUGCACAAAGUCUCCCAGAGCACAUUUUAUGCUGUUAGGAGCCACACUCAGCCUGUCAAUACAGCUGCCAGUGGAGAUUACAUGGCAACAUGGAAUUACAUGGCAACACGUGGUUCCUGAUGAAAAUGGGAAAAGAAAAUGGGAGUUGCAUGGGGAGUCCCUUCUGCUUCUGCUUUCCUCAGAGGUACUAGGACACCUGGAGAUCUGACAUCAUCCACAGGUUGGGGAAAACGCAUCCUGAUGUGCCAUUGCUGGCACUGCUGAAUUCCCUUCAACGGCUCCUUCAAAUUAAGAUGUACACUAAGGCACAAAGCUGCAUGAGGGAAGUGCACACAUCCUGUUCAGAUAAUAGGGAGAACUGUAGACUCCAGGGAGCACUCAAAGGUAUUAGACAGACGUGUGCAGGUAAGGA